CAAAAUUUAUCUAAUUUACGCAAUUCAUGGGAUGUGGAUUCAGGUUUUUCGAUUGACUGCAACAAAUCAAAUAAUAAUUAUUCCAGUACUAUGUCACAAAAAAAUUCAUCGGAAAUUCUUUCACUUGCCAAAUUAUUAUUCGGUUUUUUCAACCCAAAACAAGAACCGUUAGAUAAUGCCAGGUUUUCACAUUUAUGUAAAUUAGUCUUAUCCACUACAAAUCCCUCCAAUAAAGCUAACCAAAUAGUUGUCCCGUUUCAUUUUUUAUUGAUAAAUGAGCGUUACGGAAAUUGUACUUUGAACUUGAUGAAAAAAAUUCUUUGGCAAUGUGUCGAAAGGAUAAUUGGGCAUGCGGAUUCUAAAAACAGUCAGACAAAUUCUUUAUAUCUUUCCGGGACUGAAAUAAGACUUUUGAUUCAUUUUCUUAAUCCUGUGAAUUAUGUAGUUAAAGGAAAUGUACCAAAUUCUUCUAAUUUAACGAAUUCUAUCACCACAUUAUUAAGUCAAAAUUUAAUUAUAUUUCAUAAUUUUCUUUCACAAAAAGGAUUUUACAUAUUAAUAGGUUCAGGAAUGUCACUUAGAGUGAAUUCAAUGUUAACUCUAAGAUCUCGUGCAAAAAAAGUAAAACUUUCAACAGAAGAUGAAAAAAAGUUGAAUUCAACAAAUUUAUGGAUCUUGGCUUGUAUAAAGUGUUGCCUAUUUUUAUUAGAUUCAAAUUUCGAGGGAGGACAUUCGCAAUCAUCUACAGAACAACUUGUUCAACAUUAUAGUGAAAAGAACAAGUUAAUCAUGUUUUUCAUUCAUAUAUUGUCAACUCCUUGCCUCCUAUCUUCUUUAGAUGAUAGUUGUUUAGAUAU